UCAGGGCAAUCGAUUGUUCUGAGGCCGAUCACCAAGGAAACGGAAUCACGAGGACAAAAAAAAAAUGAAAACAAAGAUUUUUUGAGUCUACUUUUGAUUUAAGAGUGUUCAGCCGAAUUUUCAUUAUGUUUUCCAGUAGUAAAAUGGACUAUAACGACCUGAGCAUGUCUCCAGAUUCGGAACCGUUUGCACCGCCGAGGUCGAGGAAAACCGGCCUUUGGGCUGAUUCGACGGGAAGAACUGGAAAAUCGCUCAGAGACAGCACAUUUAGUUUCUUAGACCAGGAUAGAUUGAGAUCACCCAGCCCAAGCCGAUUGUCGAGGGAAGAUUCAGAAGAUGAUAUUCCACUGAUUCCUGAAAUACAAGAAAUUCAAGAAGAUGACUAUUUAGGUGACAUCUCAGAACCACCAGUAGUUCCUAUGUAUAAUAUUACUUCGUUUUCGCAAUUGAACUCUGACUUGAAGAAAUACGCAUCAUUUUCUAUGGUGGACAAUGUCAACUUAGGACUCUUGACAAAACAUCUGUAUAAUGAACAAGACUUAAAAGAGGGCGAUAACAGAUGGUCGUGGGAUCUUCUAUUCACUGAAGUCAGUUCAGAAUUGAGGGCAGAAUGGGAAGAAAAGCAAAAACAAUCGGAAGAAUAACAUCGUACUGACACUUAUCAAUAGUAUUUUAUAAAUGUAAAACUAAAUGUUAAAGACUCACCAAACAGUAUUUUUGUAUAGUGAUAAGAUGUGCAAUACCAUUAAAUGGUUUGAACUCA